AAUCAACACGCAAGCAAAAACGAAUGGAACGUAAAAAGGAAACCAAGAAAUCUAAUUCAAAAACCAAAAAGCCUUCAGAAGAUAAUGGAAGUGAUGAUGAUGCUGAAGAAGAGGAAGAUGCUAGCUCUGACUCUGAAUCCGAAGACAGUGAAUCUGAGAGCAAUCCUAUGAAGAAGAGUAAAAAACAAUCUUACAAAGAUCGUGUGGCUAUGAAAUUAGAAAGAAGGCGACAAAAGAGGGAGCAAAGGAAAUUGGAACGUAAAUUGUCCAAAAAGAAGGGAAAUGAUCCCAAUGUCAAGAAUAAAGAAUGUAAAAAGACAAAGGACAAAAACAAAAAGGGAGCAGAUACAGUGGAUAGUGGCAGUGAGGAAAGUGUGCCAGAAGAUCGUUUCAAGUUUCUAAGGCCUCCUCCACCUGUGGAUGAGGAAGACAUUGAAAUGGAGAAAAAUAUUGCUGAGGCAGAAGAAAACACCGAUGACGAUCAGGCACCUGAACUAGUGAAUAGCAAGGCUAUAAGCAUAGAUGAUCUAGAGGGUUGGAAUGGCUUAGGUGUUCCCCAGUGCAUUUUGAAAGCUUUGGCUGAGAAUGGCUUUAAAUCACCAACGGAAAUACAGACAAGAACGCUACCUGCUGCCAUUAUGGGUAAAAAAGAUAUUCUAGGAGCUGCUGAAACCGGCAGCGGUAAAACAUUGGCUUUCGGUAUACCUCUUCUGGCGGGUAUAAUGGAACUAAAAAGAAAAAAUGUCAAAACUGGCAUAAGAAAACCUUUAGCAAAGGCUAAAGGUCAACCCAAAGAAUCUGAAGAAAUAUUUGAGCAUGAAGAAAUGCCGAUGGAUAUGGAUUCAGAAGUAAGUGAAACCGAAGAAGAUAAGGCUGAACAUAGUCCAUUGUAUGCGUUAGUUUUAACACCCACCAGAGAAUUAGCUGUACAAGUUAAAGAUCAUUUGGUGGCAGCGGCAAAAUAUACCGGAAUUAAAAUUGCUGCAAUUUUUGGCGGUUUGUCUGUGGCCAAACAGGAAAGAAUGCUAAGCAAACAACCAGAAAUUGUGGUAGCAACACCUGGACGUUUUUGGGAACUCUAUCAGCAGGACAAUAAACAUUUGAGAAACCUGGAAGAUAUAAGUUUUCUAGUUAUUGAUGAGACCGAUCGUAUGGUGGAAAAAGGCCACUUUGAGGAACUCAGGAGUUUGCUAAAGCUACUAAAUGACAAUGAACAGAAGAAACAAUCCAGGCAAAACUUUGUGUUUUCUGCCACACUGACUUUGGUUCACGAUCUUCCUGAGCAUCUUCAAAAGAAGAAUUUGGGCAAAAAGCCUAGAUAUGUCAAGCAGACCUCAGAGGUAAAAAUUCAAAGUCUUAUCGAUGAAUUGGGUAUAUCACAACCAAAAAUUGUGGAUAUUACCAGAUCACAACAAACUGCCCAAAAUCUAACGGAAUGUCGCCUUAUAUGUCCAUUGGAGCAGAAAGAUUAUUAUUUAUAUUAUUUUGUACAAAAGCAUCCAGGCCGCACCAUAGUCUUUUGCAAUUCCAUUGACUGUGUUAAGAGACUGGCAAAUCUUUUUGGCCUAUUGCAAUGUGAACCAUUGCCUCUGCAUGCCAAUAUGAUACAGAAACAGCGUUUAAAAAAUCUUGAACGUUUUCGUGAUAACCCUUGUGGUUUUUUAAUUGCCACCGAUGUUGCUGCCCGAGGUUUGGAUAUACCCAAUGUGGAACAUGUUAUACACUAUCAGGUUCCCCGCACCAGCGAAAACUAUGUUCAUAGAUCAGGAAGGACUGCCAGAGCUAAUAAAGAUGGAAUUACAGUCAUGUUUAUGGAACCGGGUGAAGUCAAAAGUUAUGUAAAGCUUUACAAGACAUUAGAAAGAACUGAAGAUUUACCUCUAUUUCCUGUUUCUGAUCGUUAUCUUGCUGCUGUUCGUGAACGAGUCGAUUUAGCCCGUGAAGUCGAUGUGCAAGAAUUAAAAUUAAAGCGUGUGCAAAGUGAAAUUGGCUGGAUGAAGAAAACCGCCGAGGAAAUGGAUAUGGUUAUAGAUGGUUACAAUGAUGAAUCAGGUGGCAGUGAUCAGGAUGAGGAUGCUUUUAUCAUAGAGAAACGGCGUAAUCGCAUACAUUUGGCCAAUGUCAGGCAUCAAUUGAAAUCAUUAUUGGCUAAGCCCAUAUUUCCCAGAGGCUUUAGUUUCAAAUACCCAACUGCUAGCGGAGGUCUACAAAUGCCUGAAAUAUCUAGUGGGCCAAAAGUUGCUGCUAACGCUGAGAAACCCAAUAGUGCCGUAAAAGCUAUGCAAGAAGCCAUUGAGGAUAUGAAAAAAGCUAAGAAAAUGCGCAACAAAAAGAAGAAAACAUAAUCUUUGUAAAUACAAAAUUUUAAUAAAAAAUUAAGAAAAUAUUA